AUGGAUGAGGGAGAUUCUACCUUCACUUCAGUGCAGCAGCCCUGUGACAUUGCACAGAGCAAACCCCCGAGGCGGCGGAGGCGACAGGUGCGAGCGGGGCUGGCCAAGAGCCGCCCCCGGCAGCCGGGCCCGCCAGCGGCCCUGUCCCAUCCGACCCCAUCCCGUCCCCUCCGGUCCCUCAGCCCGGCCCGGUCCCGCUCCGUCCCGGCGCUGGCGGUGCCGCCCCCGAAGCGCCGCCGGCCCGGCGGCUCCUCCCUCACGCGGGGCGGGGGAUCCUCGGCGCGCCCGCCUCCUCCUCCGCCUCUUCCUGCGGCGGCAGCGGCGCGGGCGGCGGCAGCGGCGGCAGCUCCGGACAGCGCCAUGGCGGGGAACAGCGAGCGCACCUUCAUCGCCAUCAAACCCGACGGCGUGCAGCGCGGGCUGGUCGGGGAGAUCAUCAAGCGCUUCGAGCAGAAGGGAUUCCGCCUCGUGGCCAUGAAGUUCGUACACGCCUCCGAAGACCUUCUCAAACAGCAUUACAUUGACCUGAAGGACCGCCCCUUCUUCCCUGGUUUGGUUAAAUACAUGAACUCUGGACCUAUUGUGGCCAUGGUAUGGGAAGGACUCAACGUGGUUAAAACAGGGAGAGUAAUGCUGGGGGAAACCAACCCUGCAGACUCCAAGCCUGGCACCAUCCGUGGGGACUUCUGCAUUCAAGUGGGAAGGAACAUCAUCCAUGGCAGUGACUCUGUGCAGAGUGCCCAAAAGGAGAUCAACCUGUGGUUCAAACCCACAGAGCUCAUCGACUUCAAGCCCUGUGCACACGACUGGAUCUAUGAGUGAUGGGUUCCCACCRGGAUCUGUGCCUUCCAACACCUCAUCUCAUUCCAGCUGCUGCCCUGGGAGCAGCCACGGUUACCUUAGUGCUCAAAGUGACUGUCMAAUAAAUGGGUGUGAACGAA